AUGAGUGACACUAGAAAGCGAAGCAGCAUCUGGCUGCAGUUUAAAGAUAUUGGGAACAAGAAAGCAGAGUGCCUUCACUGCAAAACGAAGGUCACUAUAAGAGCAGGUUCCACCACAAACCUGCAUAGACAUACAAGAACUGUCCAUCCUACAGUGCAGUUAGAGGAGAGAGGGCAAGCCAGCUCACCAUCUACUGAUCCUGGUGUGUCUCAUACCAGAACAACAGCUGCUGUAACGUCUACUGCCAUCCCCAUGCGUGCAAGUAUAACCUCUCCUACUGCAACUCAAAGCAAAAUAAGUCAGUUUUUACCUAAACUUUUACCUAAACUGAUGACCCCAGCCAAACAGCACAGUAUUGAUGAUGAGUUGGCUAAAAUGGUAGCUUCUGAUUUUCAACCCUUUUCCAUUGUGGAGGACAAAGGAAUGAAAAACUUUGUCAAAGCCCUAAAUCCCACAUACACUCUACCCAGUAGAAAAACACUUUCCCAAACAAUGAUCCCAAAACUAUAUGACACAGAACGUGCAUUAUGGCAAGAAAGGGUGACAAAAGCUCCAUCAGUUUGCCUGACAACUGACUGCUGGACCUCCAGAACAACCUGCUCUUUCAUGUCUGUCACUUGCCACUUUAUUGAAGAUUACAAGAUGACAUCUUGCCUUCUGGACUGCUUCGAGUUCACCGACAGACACACUGCAGAAAACUUGGCAGUGGAGCUACUAAGAGUGGCAAAAGAGUGGCAAGUAGAGGACAAAGUGGUGUGCUGUGUGAGUGAUAAUGCUGCAAACAUCACCAAAGCCAUAAAAGUUUUGAAGUGGACCCAUCACCCAUGUCUGGCGCAUACACUAAACCUGGUGGUUAGAGAUGCUCUGAAGGUGAUCAAAACAACCGUGGAUAAGGUGAAGGCUGUUGUGGAGUUUUUCCACAAAAGCACAGUAGCAGCACAGAAGCUAAAGUCCACACAGCGCCAAAUGGGGAUUCCUGAACUGAGGCCCAAACAAGAGUGUGCCACCAGGUGGAACUCAACAUUUGAUAUGUUGAAACGAAUGCUUGAAAUAAAAGAUGCCAUCAUCUCCACCCUGGCCCUCAUCAACGCAUCUAUUGAGCCAUUAAGCCAAGAGGAAUGGGAGCUGGUGAAAGAGGUCUGCGCCGUCCUGCAACCAUUCCAGGAGGUGACUGUGGAGAUAAGUGCAGACAGGUACCUAGAACCAUUGAAGCAUUGUUUUCUCUACUACUAUUCAGUCACUAUUAUACAUUGCAAACACAACACAUACAGUAUAAUGCAUCACGUAUAAUAUGCCACAUACUUUUAAAAAACUAAAUUCUAAAAGUUGCUGUUUUCUCUCCUUCAGCUAUGUCACAGCCUCGAAAAUGCUCCUGCUUUGCAAAGGUCUGCAGCUGGUGACAGCCGAGAACCAAUGGACAGUAACUGUGCAGAAAGUGAAGGAAUUAGUUGCAGCUCUUUGUUCAGCCAUGGACCGCAAAUUUCUGCGGAUGGAGUACAACACUGUCCUUUCAGAAACUACCUUAUUGGAUCCAAGGUUUAAAAAACUUGCCUUCAGUGAUCGUAGAGCUGUUGAUGAAGCUCUUCAGAGGAUUAGUGCAGCAGCAGCAGCAAAAUGCACCCCCAGCAGCCAGCCAGCUCCACCAUUACAGGGCCAAGUGGAGGAGGAGCAGCAAACCUCUGCUGUUUGGAGGCUUUUUGAUGACAGAGCUACAGGAGAUGCUUCAAGGAGAAAUCCGACAGCUGAUGCUAUAAUGGAGGUGAGGAGCUACCUUGAGGAGCCCCUCAUCCAGAGAGCAGAAGACCCACUGAGCUGGUGGCAGGCCAAGGCCUCAGUCUUUCCACUCCUGGUGAAGGUGAUGGAGGGGAGACUAUGUAUUGUUGCCACAUCAGUUCCUUCUGAGAGAAUCUUCUCCAAAACAGGGCAGAUACUCACGGAGAGGCGAAAUCGUAUCAGCCCAUCCAAGCUGAGGCAUCUGAUCUUCCUGAAUGCCAACCUGCCCUGAGGACUAAUGCUGUUUGCUGGAGUUUGGUUCUGGUUUUGAUUCUGUUCUGUGGAUUUGUUUGAAGUUUAUUGUUAAUUUGUGCAAUAAAAAAGUUUAAUUGAAAUAAACAAAUGUAAGAGUGGUUUUGUCACAGAAUAAAUGCACAGAAUUAGGCAUUAUAAGGUCUCUCAUAAAAACACUGAAAGCAAAAGGGUUUUCAACACAUAAACCAUGAUUUUUUUUCAAAGUUAAGGUAAAAUAUAGGCUACAAAAGAUCCUAAAUAAAGAGCCGUUCGGGAGUCGAAAGAGCCGGCUCUUCUUUGGGAGCCGAGUCAAAAGAGCCGGCUCUCAGAAAAGAGCCGAACUUCCCAUCACUA